AUGGAGAUGACGGACAUGUUGAUGAUUGUGAAGAAUCAGGCAACUUUAAUGAUGUUAGUGACACUGAACUGGAUUGGAUUUUUUUUAAACGAGGAUGAAAAGGUUGCGAUGAAGACCGCAUGGGAAGCAUUAUACCCGGAGUAUGUUGGGGACCAAGCGGUGGCUGGUGAAGCAUCAAACGCCAGCAAUGCUAAUAGUCCAGAAUAUGCAGUAAUGCUUUUCCAAGAUUCUAAAGCAGCUGUGGCAAAAUCUAGAAAGGAAAAACGACGAAUACGGGCUGAGGAAGCAAAGAAUGUGCCUCCUCCAGCCACAGCGAUGGAAGCUGUUCGCAGAACGCUUGACAAAAAGAGACUUAGUAGAGAUUACAUGGUUAAAUCUGAGUGA